CCAGACUCCUUGAGACAGACGCCGCACAGCUUAGACUCAGCCCGUGGUCUGACUGUUCCUCCACAAUCCCAAGAUGAUACUGAGGUCAGAAUUGCUCAUACUCUCCCAUUUGCUCGUUUCCCAGGCAUGGGCAGCAGAAACAAGGUCCUCCGAGUCUUCGCGGCCCAGAGGCGUCGGUCCUGAAUUUGCGAAGUUCUACAAGAGUUCACCGUCGAAUACAUUCACAUGCAUCUCCAACCCCUCGAUAUCCAUCCCCUUCUCCCGCGUCAACGACGACUUCUGCGACUGCCCCGACGGCUCAGAUGAACCGGGCACGUCCGCCUGCUCCUACCUCUCACCUUUAUCUCCUCCACAACACCACCCCGGCCCAGACACUCCAGCCAGCGUGUCGAUAAACAGCACGCUUGCCCUGCCGGGGUUCUACUGCAAGAAUAAAGGCCAUCUCCCCGCAUACCUGAGGUUCGAGAGCGUCAACGAUGGCAAAUGCGACUAUGACGUAUGUUGUGACGGGUCAGAUGAAUGGGCAAAUGUCGGGGGCAUCAAGUGCGAGGAUCGGUGCCAACAGAUUGGCAAAGAGUACAGGAAAACGGAAGAGACGCGCCAAAAGAGCCUCAGGGCGGCGUUGAAGAGGAAAUCGCAGCUCGCGGCGGAAGCGGGGCGGCUGAAAAAGGAGGUUGAGAUGAAGAUUGAGGAUGCAGAAAUCAAACUCAAGGGGUUUCAGAUCAACGUCAAGGAGGCCGAGGAGAAUCUAAAAGAGGUGGAGAGGAGGGAGAAAUUAAAAGUUAUAAAAGGUGAAGCAGGUGGAAAAGGUGGCGGCAAACUCGGCGUCCUUGUCGGCCUGGCCAAAUCGCGAGUCGACGAAUUGAGGACUCACUUAGAGAAGACCAGAUCUCAAAGAGACAGCAUGGUCGCCCGGAUCACAGAGUUGGAAGGCAUUCUCGCCGCGCUCAAGGACGAACAUAACCCCAACUUCAACGACGACGGGGUGAAACGCGCCGUUCGCGGGUGGGAAGAUUACGCCGCGAGAGAGACGGACGAUACCUGGACCGAAGCCGAGGACCGUGACCUCGCCGCCGUUCUCGCGGAAGACAGUGAAACAAACGGCAUCAACUGGGCUGAGUUCGAGAAUGUUUCCUCCGAGGCCGAGUCUGAUGUGGCGGCCCUUUACAGUUUCAGUGCCUACUUGCCGCCGUCGCUCCGGCUGUGGCUCGAUGAGACCCUUUCCUCUUUCCGCAGGAUCCUGAUCGAAAACGGUAUAUUGGCUGAUACGUCUUCCGACCCCUCUGCGUCUGCCCAAGAGUCCAAAGCCGUGCAGGACGCCAAAACGACCCUUUCCGACGCAGAGCGGGAUGUGCGCAACGCGGAAAACGACAUCAAGCGAUUCCGCGAGGAUCUCGAGAAAGAUUACGGUCCCGAAGGUGGUAUUUUCCGCGCCUUGAAGGAUACGUGCAUUUCCAAGGACAGCGGUGAGUACGAAUAUGAAUUGUGCUUCAUGGUGUCAACGAAGCAAAAGCCCAAGAAAGGAGGGGCACACACGGGGAUGGGCAAUUUCGUUGGCUUUGACACGGAAUAUGUCGACGAGCCCGCGACCACAGAUGGGAAAGGGCUAGGCACUGGCGAAAGACUGGUCAUGAAGUACGAAAAUGGGCAGCAUUGUUGGAACGGACCACAUAGGAGUACGAGGGUGAUCCUUGCCUGUUCGGAGAAGGAGGAGAUCUGGAAAGUCAGCGAGAGUGAAAAGUGCGUCUACCGCAUGGAGGUUGGCACGGCCGCCGUGUGCGAAUCGCCCUUGAAGAAAACCGCCGCCGCCGGCGAUGAGACGAAGAAGGAUGAGUUGUAAAAGUCGGAGUUUUGGCGAGGUUUCUCUGGGGACAGGUAAGGGAGGUUCGCGGUAGAUCCAGUUGGUUUAUUUUCCAAAAUCAAUGCUCAGUAUAUGAUGCGCCCCUUUCCGAUCCGCUAUAACUAGGAAUCAAUACGAUCAAAGUACCCAGUAUUCCCCGCGAAAGACUGGAUCUGAUAGGCGCC